AUGGACGACGGGUCGCAGGAACCACAGGAACUGGAACUGGUGUCACUGAUCGGGUUCGACGGGAAUCCGUCAAACGGGUUGGUACUGCACCCGGACGGCGUGCACCUGGUGUACGGGCUCGGCAACACGGUCACCGUGUACCACUGGUCCACGAGGAAGCAGCGGUUCUUCAGGGGCCACGACAGCACCGUGUCCUCGAUCGCGGUGUCCAAGUCGGGCAAGUACGUGGGCGCGGGUUACGUCUUGUCGCUGGUGUACAUAUGGGACUUCGGCACGGGCAACGUGGUCGCGUCGUACACGGCGCACGUGCAACGCGUGCAGUCGAUCUCGUUCACGUGCUGCGAUGACUACCUGGUGUCGCUGGGCGGCCAGGACGACGGGUCCGUGGUCGCGUACGACAUCGCCAAGGGUGACGUUCUGUGCAUCGACCCGUCCGUGGGCCCGGCGAUCAACAAGCCAUCGGUGCUGAGGACGCUGCACAUGCACAACGAUUACUUUUUGAACGCGGGCGAGAACAUACUGCGGCUGUGGACGGUGGACAAGGAGCACCGGUGCUUACAGCGCGCGGACGCGUCGCUGGCCAAGAUCAGACGGUUGAUCCUGUGUGCGGAUAUCGACCGCGCGGACGAGCACGCGUACUGCGGCACCAGCACCGGAGACGUGCUCAAGGUCAAACUGCACAUCCCGCGCGAUGCGACGGACAGCUGCCCUACGGCCUCGCCCACGUUGGCCGAAUGCUUCGCGAAGCACCCGGACGGCAAGAAACGCGGCGUCGCGGUCGAGCUGUACAGCAAGGGCGUCACGGCGCUGUACCUGAUCGCGGACGGCACCGAGAUGGUGGUGGGCACGGGCGCCGGCACGCUGUUUGCCGUCGGGUUCCGUGACUUCGCGGUGACGCGCGUGUUCACGUGCCACACGUCCGUGGUGCACGACUUGGCGUUCCCGCGCGACUACCCCCGCGUGUUCGCCACCACCAGCCGGGAAGACGUGCGCGUGUGGUCUGUGGACACGCUGCAGGAGCUGCUCCGCGUCACCGUCCGGAACCACACGUGCUCCAAAGUGGUGUUCGCGCCGGACGGCACACAGAUCGUGACCGCGUGGUGCGACGGCCGUAUCAGGUCGUUCGCACCCGAGACCGGCCGGCCGCUGUACACCAUCGAGAACUGUCACAACGAUGGCGUGUCCGUCGUCGCCGUGCACCUGGACGGCCAGAGGCUGCUGAGCGGCGGCGGUGACGGCCGCGUGUGCGUGUGGCUGGUCGAAAACGGCAUCACCGCGCUGGUGGCCGUGCUCAAGGACCACAAGGGCAAGGUGAGCGCGAUCGCGGUGCACCGGCGCGGCGACCGCAUCCUCUCGUCCAGCGUGGACGGUACGUGCGUCAUAUGGGACAUAACCCGGUACGUGCGGCUGUCCACCAUCUUCUCCAACACCGUGCUCACCGACGUCCAGUAUCAUCCCAACGACUUGGAGAUCAUCAUGUGCGGCACCAACGGUUACAUCGGGUACUGGGACGCCAUCGACGGUUCGCCCAUCAGCAAGAUCGAAACGUUCUCCGGGUCCUCGCUCAACUCUUUGGACGUCACGCCCGCCGGAAACUACUUCGUGACCGGCAGCGUGGACCAGGUGGUGGAGGUCUGGCUGUACAAAGAAGGCAGGACCACGCACGUCGGGAGGGGGCACGCGGGCGCCGUGACCAACGUGAGGAUCAGUCCGGACUGCAAGUACGUGGUGAGCACGAGCACGGACGGCGGCAUAUUCCUGUGGCGGUUCCCGUACGGGGCCGAGACCGAACCGCCGUCGGACCGGGACAGCGUGAACAGCGGUCCGUCGGCGAGCAGCUUACGGGAACAGCAGACGGCCCGUGCGAGGCAGCUGUCGCAGAAGAAGAAGUUACCUGCGCGCAAGGAGAACAUCAAGGUCAUAUCGAAAACGCAAAACGUCCUGGCGGACGCGACCGGCAACAGCGGCGACGGUAACGCGAAGGCGACGGACGCGGACAGCGGCGGCUCGGUGAAGUGCCUGUGCCCGCGCGGUACGACGUGCUCGUGCAACGGCGACAUCGGGUCCAGGAACAGCAGCACCGGCAUCAGUUGGAACAGCAAACACUCCGACCGGUUCUCGUGA